CACAAUACAAAAUAUACUCUCUUUCUCUCUCUAUAUCUCUCCCUGGGCCAGAAAUUGAGCAACAAUUGAACGCGUGAACUCAUCAAAACGGCUUCUUUGGAACUCCCCAGAAGUAACCAAAACCGAAAGGCGUUGCUUGCACGAUCUUUCUGUCUCUUUCUCUUUUCUAUCUCCGUAUAUAAAUGCGCGUAUAUUUUUGAUAGCGAUCGCUUUCAAUUCGGAGAAUUGAAUUAUACUAAUAAUUGACGGAUAAGUAAAGAAGAAAGGUAGAAGGGAGAAGAAGAAGUUGCACGCUUGUGUUUGUGAAAGGCUUCAGAUUCCGAUUGGUGAUCAGGUGCCGAUUUUAGGAUUUUUUGUUUCCUAGCUCCCUAUCACGGUCUCUGUUUGCAUGGCUGAAGCAAGUGAUGAUUCUAUGGCUACUCCCACGAAAAGUGAUGGGAGUGUGAACAAUGAUUUGGCUGGGAAUCAGGAUUCUCCGAGUAAUGGGCACAGCAUUGAUGCCCAUAAUCUUGGAGCUUCUGUUGGUUCCCGUGGUCGGGGGAACAGUUCCUUGAGGAGUUCUGCAGACAAAUUGGUGUCUUCCAAUGGCAAAGAAAAAGUGGUUCCUCAUUAUCUCAGAGCAUCUACUGGCUCUUGUCAUGAUUUCUGUAAAUUUGGAAAGCACCAUUUAGAUGAAAGUAAAUCAAGGAAGCCUUUCCGGAAAAGGAUUGCAAAACUGUCUCCUGAUCAGAUACCUGUUGAGAUACGGGUUGCAGGUGACAAGAAGAAGAAAGAGGUGGUUUUGGAUGGUGAGGAGACGAGAGAGGUGGCCGCAGGUGGCAAGAAGAAAGAUGUGGUGGCCGCAGGUGGCAAGAAGAAAGAUGUGGUGGCUGCAGGUGACGAGAAGAGAGAAGAGGUGGUCACAGGUGGCAAGAAGAAGAAAGAGGUUUUUUCGAAUGGCGAGAAGAAGAGAGGGGUUGUCACAGAUGGCGAGGAGAAGAAAGAGGUUGUCGCAGGUAGCAAGAAGAAAGAAGUGGUGGCCUCAGGUGGCAAGAAGAAGGAAGAGGUGGUUUUGAGUGGUGAGGAGAAGAAGGAAGAGGUGGUCGCAGGUGACAGGAUGAAGGAAGAGGUGGUCGCAGGUGACAGGAUGAAGGAAGAGGUGGUCACAGGUGACGGGAUGAAGGAAGAGGUGGUCACAGAUGACGAGAAGAAAGAAGAGGUGGUCUCAAGUGAUGAGAAGAUGGAAGAGGUGAUCGCAGGUGACGAGAUGAUGGAAGAGGUGGUUUCAGGUGUCGAAACAAAGGAAGAAUUUGUUAAUCAUGGACCUCCAAUCGAUGUGAAAGUCCGUUCAAAUGGCUUGAGGUCAUCCCUUGAUACCAAAUCUUAUCCCCCAAAGCCAAAGCACAGGCCUUCAACAUACACCAACAAUAGUUCACCUAGAGUUCCUUCUUCAAAUUCUAAAUCUGAUUUGCGGACACCUAAACUGUCCACUUAUACCAAAACUUCCUCCUCAAAGCAAAAUGGCUCUUCUGGCAGUAAGACUCUUUUGCCGAAGUGCAAGUCUUCAUCGGCUAAGAAAUCUCCUUCAGUGGAUCCCCCAGAAAUCAAGAGUGUAUACUUUCCCCAUACGGAAGUUGAAGAUUCAGUGAAACAAGGUUCCUCAAUCGAUGAUAAAAUAUCAAAAACGGAGAAAAAGACAACUUCUGCAUCCAAGCAGCGGUCGUCUCCUGUGAAGUUGAAACCUGUUAAGGUUAAACCAUUAUCUUCUCCUAAUGAUUCAGAUGGUAUGCAUGGAAAAGGCAGAAAAUUGAUGACAGCCAAAGCAUCUGCAAAGAAGGCAUUGACACCUCCUUCUGCUACUCUGCUGUCUAAGCUUCCUUUGAGAAAGACAGCACAAAUCAAUUCGGGAAAACGUGGAAACUUAAAAUUGGUGUCUCCUCUGAAGGAUCCCAAUAGGACACGAAGGGUUAAUUCUAAGGCAUCUGAGAGUGAGAAGGUUACUGAGAAAAAGCUGCGUGUCAUCAGGGUUGGAGCUGGCAACAAUGUCUCUGAGUCAUCACCUAAAUCUCCACUAUCAGCCGAAUCAUCGUCUCGUGGAAAGUCUUUGUCACUAUCUUCUUAUGAAGAGGACAAUUCAGAGAUGGAGGAGAGCUCUGUUAAAACACGCAAACUUAUCUCCAAGAACUCGCUGAAGACUGUCAAAGAAGCACCUGUGAAAGAGAAUCCUAAGAAGGCAGUGCGAAAGAACAGGGUGGUUGUUGCGGGAGAUAAACAUAUCUCUCCUGUGAAAGUGAAGUUCAGAAUGGGGAAGGUAGUGGAACUUCAGUCGGAUAAUAAUACACCUAGGAAACUUAUAUUUAGGAGGGCAAGGGUCUUAGGAGUAGAAGAAAGUAAUCUGAGGAGGAAAACCACGAAAAAAGCGGGAGUCACUAGUGACAUGGCUAGUACAGGGGUUUUGCCUCAAAAGGUUGUUUUAAAGCAUCAAGAUGUGCAAGGGAAGAAAGAUGCUCAAGGUUUGUUGAACAAUGUCAUUGAAGAGACGGCAAGUAAACUCGUCGUGAGUAGGAAAAGUAAGGUUAAAGCCCUGGUGGGAGCUUUUGAAACCGUGAUCUCUCUACAAGAAAGUAAACCUUCCACACAAGUUGUGAGUUAAUUGUGAAUAAUUUCUUAUCUUGUUUCUGACGGUAUAGAGUGCUUGAAUAAUGGCGAGGUGUGAAUAGCGAAUCCGUGUCUGCUUGAUACUACCGAUAUGUGCAAUCCUAACUGAGGUUAGAACAAGAAAGCCUCGGUCGCUUUGCUGUACGGUGUUCUCGUGUUGAGUGGUUUGUCUAGCCUUCUAGAUCAGGAUCAGAAAACCACUCAGCUGAGGCUUCUUUUUUUUUUCUUUCUUUCUUCUUUCUUAGCUUUUAGACUGAAAGAAAAGUGGGAGAUGGUAAACUAUAAAGGUUUUUGGAUGUAGUUGUCUCCCAUGAGGUGAUGAAACUUGGUAUAACUUUCUUAUGUUUGUUUUGGAGUUUACGAAACACAUGCUUUGUGUUGGUUUUGUAGUGACUCUCUGGCUGUGAAUCGAAGUGUUUUAAUCAUCUAAUUGAUGAUGAAUGGCUUAUUGGAUUAUUGUUACUCUUA